AUGUGUGGUCCUGAUGCAUAUAGCACGAACGCCGACGCUGUACCUAGAUCACGUGAUAUAACUAGCAUUCUGCGAAGCACCGCAACCGCUAUUCCUGAUGAGGUACAGUUGCAACGCUCCCUUAGCUCCUGCUUCAUGGCGUCACCUCUCAUAAGCGAGACGACGAUCCAGUCUCGGUUAUUGUCGUCUGACGAGCAGCACCAAAAUAAAGCUCGAUGCGAUCGUUGCGUGUAUCACCCGGGAUGACAUAAACG